AGAUGGCGGCGCGGUGAAAGGCUGGUGUCCCUCACGCCCUGCCACCAUGAGGAACCUGCAGCUGCUGCGGGCCACCAGGCACCAGAUCGACCCCGCCGCGGCCGCUGCCCCUGAAGCCCCGCAGUGCUUCUGCCUCGGCGCUGAGCCCGGCACGGUCGUUGUGGGCUCCCAGCGCGGCCUCGUGGAGCUGGGCCCCACCGCGCACACGGUGACCAGAGAAGUUUCCUUGAUUGCGGAGGGUUUUAUGCCAGAGGAUGGAAGUGGCUGCAUCGUGGGCCUUGAAGAUCUUCCAGAGCAAGAAUGUGUAUGUGUUGCUACAGCAGCUGGAGACAUCCUACUGUGCAAUCUCAACACAAAGGAGGUGGAGUGUGUUGGCAGUGUGGACAGUGGUCUGAGCACCAUGAGCUGGAGUCCUGAUCAAGAGCUUGUUCUGCUUGUAACAGGUCAGCAAACACUUAUUAUGAUGACAAGAGAUUUUGAACCCAUUACAGAGAAGCAAAUCCACCAAGAUGAUUUUGGGGAAGAAAAGUUUGUUGCUCUUGGAUGGGGUAAAAAGGAGACACAGUUUCAUGGAUCAGAGGGAAAACAGGCAGCUCAUCGCAAGCAAAUGGAAGUGCCACCUGCUUCAGCCUGGGAUAAUGGCAGGCCUCGGGUGACUUGGAGAGGAGACGGGCAAUUUGUCGCAGUGAGUGCUGUCUGUCCAGAGACAGGUGCUCGUAAAAUCCGAGUGUGGAACAGAGAACUUGUGCUGCAGUCAACAAGUGAAGCUAUCUCAGGAUUAGAACAAGCACUGGCCUGGAAGCCCUCUGGAAGCUUGAUAGCAUCCACACAAGAAAAACCCAACAGACAUGAUGUUGUUUUCUUGGAGAAGAAUGGACUUCUUCAUGGAGAGUUCACCCUCCCAUUCCAGAAAGGGCAUGUUAAAGUUAAUGAACUGCUUUGGAAUGCAGAUUCUACAAUCCUAGCUAUGUGGCUGGAAGACCUUAAGAAGGAUGAGAACUGUGACCCCAACAGUUAUGUUCAGCUGUGGACCACAGGAAACUAUCACUGGUACCUGAAGCAAAGUCUGCAUUUUGGCAACUUGGAGAAGAAUCAGUUGGUAUCACUGCUGUGGGACCCAGUGAUUCCAUACAGACUGCACAUCCUCUGCCAGGGUUGGCACUACCUCUCGUAUGACUGGCACUGGACCACCAACCACGGGCUGGGGGAGAGUAGCCAGCAUGUGGCAAAUGUGGCUGUCAUAGAUGGAGACAAAGUGCUUGUCACAGCAUUCCAGCAUGCUGUGGUGCCCCCACCCAUGUGUACCUAUCAGAUCCAGUUCACACACGCAGUGAAUCAGAUUGCAUUUCACACAGAUCCCAAGCACAGUGGAGACAUGGCUAUCCUGGAUGCUGAUAACAGAAUCUCUGUAUAUAGAUAUGGACAGAGCACAGUGAAGGACUCCACUAUCAGGUUAGGAGGUGUAGGUGGAAAUGGAUUUAAAGCAGCUGUGGAAACACCAUACUUGGAUAAAAUAUACAGAGUUGAUCUAGGCAGCAUUGCCAAUGAAGUGAUGAAUCCCCUGGGGCUCCGAUUUCUCACCUGGCUCCCUGACAACAGUUUUUUGGUGGUUGGUCAAGAUCAGCAUGCUGCUCAGUCUGUGCUUCACCAUCUAACUGCAGCACCUCAUGUGACUGGAGCUGAUGAGCAGCGCCUGGAUUUACGGUUGUCUGUGUCAGUAAAUGGAGAAGUAAUCAGCUUGUGCUGCAGCCCAGUGACAAAAACCGUAGCUCUACAGCUGGCUGAUGGGCAGAUCCUGAAGUACCUCUGGGAGGCUUCUACUCCAGUUCUUGAGCCCUGGCAGAGCAGCGGUGGCUCUGCUAUUCAGUUUCUUCACCCUUGUGUGCAGAUUUCCCUCACCAGGAUCAGUGGAGAAGAGGUGAUCUUAGGUCUUACAGAUCGAUGCCGAUUUUUUAUUAACGAUAUUGAGGUAGCUUCCAACAUCAUCUCAUUUGCAACAUACAGUGAGUUUUUGUUGGUAACAACCAGCUCCCACACCUGUCAGUGCUUCUGCUUGAAGGAUGUAACAGUGAAAGCCCUUCAGACUGGCCUGAGCAGUGCUGCUGUGCCCAACGAUGAGGCUCUGCGCAACGUGGAGCGAGGCUCUCGUAUCGUCACUGUUGUGCCUCAGGACACCAAGGUUGUUCUGCAGAUGCCAAGAGGGAAUCUGGAGACUGUUCACCACCGAGCUCUAGUUCUUGCCCAGAUUCGGAAGUGGCUUAACAGGCUUAUGUUCAGGGAAGCAUUUCAAUGUAUGAGGAAGCUGAGAAUCAACCUCAAUCUUCUGUAUGAUCACAAUCCUAAGGUGUUUUUGGAAAAUGUAGAAACCUUUAUCAAGCAAAUAGAUUCUGUGAAUUACAUCAACUUGUUUUUCACCGAACUGAAAGAAGAAGAUUUCACAAAGAGCAUGUAUCCAUCUCUGAAUGGUAGCAGUAAUGCUCAGCCACAGCAGCAUCCUGAUCAAAAAAAAGUAAAUGUCGUAUGUGAUGUGAUGAGAAAUGCCAUGGAACGCAUUGACCCUCAGAAAUACUGCCUAUCGAUACUGACAGCCCACGUAAAGAAAAGUCCUCCAGAACUGGAAACUGCUCUCCAGAAAGUUCAUGAUCUUCGAGAGAAUACUGCUCUAGAUGUAACAGCUGUGAGUGCAGAGGAAGCACUGAAAUAUCUGCUUUUCCUUGUGGAUGUCAAUGAAUUGUAUGAUUAUUCCCUGGGGACAUACGAUUUUGAUUUAGUCAUCAUGGUGGCAGAAAAGUCGCAAAAGGAUCCAAAAGAAUACUUACCCUUCUUAAACACCCUCAGGAAAAUGGAAACCAAUUAUCAGCGAUACACAAUAGAUAGACACUUAAAGAGGUACACAAAAGCUCUUGGGCACCUUAGCAAAUGUGGUCCUGAGCACUUCUCUGAACUUCUGAACUUGGUGAAGGAUCAAAAUCAGUAUUAUGAAGCCUUGAAGCUGUAUCCACCUAACAGCCAGGAGUACAAGGAUAUUAGCGAUGCCUAUGGGGAUCACUUGAAUCAGAAGCAGCUAUACGAACAAGCUGCAUUGAUAUUUGCUCGUGCUGGCCUCUUUGCAAAAGCACUUGACUCCUUCCUGAACAGUGGUAGCUGGCAGCAAGCCCUGUGCAUGGCUUCACGGCUUGGUUACACAGAGGAUAAGCUGUCCAGCCUGGCACGGAGCAUGGCAGGAAAACUGGUUGAACAGAGGAAGCAUGCAGAGGCAGCUAUACUCUUGGAGCAGUACACUCAGGAUUAUGAAGAGGCUGUUCUCCUGCUCUUAGAAGGGGCUCUCUGGGAAGAGGCUUUGAGACUGAUUCACAAGUACGGUAGAUUGGAUGUCUUAGAAACCAACUUCAAACCUGCUAUCCAAGAAGCUCAGAAAAGUCAGCUGAUGUUCCUGGAUUCUCAGAAAAAAGCAUUCCUGCACCAUAAGUGUCGACUGCAAGUGGUCCGAGAGCUGAAAGAGAAAGCCUCUGAGAGCCUGCAGGAUUAUGAAAUGCCAAAUUGCCCAGAAUUGGAUCUUAUCUCUGAAACCAGCAGUGUUGUGACAGCCAGUGACAUGAACAGCAAAUAUUCACACAGCAAUUCAAGAAUAUCAGCGCGUUCCUCAAAAAACAGGCGGAAGGCUGAGCGCAAGAGGUACAGCUUGAAGGAGGGGAGCCCUUUUGAAGACAUAGCCCUUCUGGAAGCCCUGGGAGAAAACAUUCGUGCUGUUGAGACUGUGAAGGGAGACAUACACAUCCUUCUGAAGCAGCUUGUGCUAUUUGGUUACGAUGAGCAAGCUGGGGAACUGCAGCGAGUCCUGGAAGAGGUUUUGCACCUGAUGGAGAUCUCACUCCCAGAAAUCUGGAGUCCAGAGCUGCAGCAGAGCUCUCUCAACCUGGUCCUGGGACCUAAUUCAACUGCAAAUAGCAUUAUGGCGGCCUAUCAGCAGAAGAGGAUGGUUGCAGCUCCCGUUGUACAAGAUCCAGAAUUACUUAUCCCACCAAAACUCAAUAAAAAUCUCCAGUGGAAACUGCAUCUUCUCCAGUAAUUAAAAGCCAAGGAUUUCCAGUGGACUCUGAACUAUAGCUUUUCAUUUAAUUUCAUUACAUCUUUACAGAAACCAUUUGUCCUGGCCUUCAUGAUGCACUCUUCUUAGGGCCAUGCCAGCUGAUUUAACUGUGACCCACAUAACAUCUUGCUAACAAGGACAGAUCACUGCACAGAUCAUUGUCAGGCUGGUGAAUAACAGGAUGUGCAGCUCUAAAUGCUGUUGCUUGUAUCCAGCAUCUGCCACCACCUUCUGCUUCCUCCCUUCUGGCUGAAGGAGCUCUACCAUUGCCAUCUGAGUUAUUUUAUCUACCAUCGCUCCCUCCUGCAGGUGGUACUUGCCAUGAGGACAGGUCACAUUUUAAUGGCUUAAGGAACUCGGCAGUAAACCUGUAUUAAUUUGAAUUGCUGUUGUGGCUAUACAAAUGAACACUGUGUCUGCUUAUCUGAGUUAUCUCUUGAAAUUGGAUGUUGGCAACAGAAGAUUUUCACCAAAAUCACUUUGUUAGAUCAGAGCGAAUCUUGCUGUACCAACAGCAGCUACUGCAUUGAAAAUGGUGAUACUUGCACUAGGAAGAUCUUGGGUACAUAGCAACAUGAAUAAAGGGAGGGGAGGGGUUUUGGUUACUGCUAGGUAACACUACCCAGAUAAAUUUGCUUUAAAGUCAAAUACAGCUAAUGUUGCCCAGUAGCACCAGCAGCUCAGUAGCUGUACCCUGACUGCACUGUGAGCUAUUAGGGAAUUGUUUCUCCUGCAAAAUGAUUUGACUUCAUGCCUGAGAACUAGUUUUUACCCCAGAAUGCUUCUAGUAAGAAGUAAGGGGACAAGUUCUGGAGCUGAAACUCUUUCAGGGGCCUCAGCCUGCAUUCAUGAGAGAGAAUUUUGGCCUGGCAGUAUUUGCAUUCAAUGCAAGUUUCUUCAGUUAGGCACUGUGGAGGAAUGUAGCACAGUGAGCUACUUCCUGUCUGUUUCAGGUAGCUGUAAUGUGCACAGCAUGAGAUGUUGUUACUGCAUGGCAUUAUGCAUGUGUAUAAUACUGCCAGAGCAUUGUUUUCUUGGUGGAAGAACUACAUGCAUGGGGUGACUGUUGCCCAUCAGUAGUGCUGAGAUGGCCACAGGGGCCUGCACUGUAGCUGCUGUGCUGCCUUGGGAUUGUUGGGGUGAAAUGGUAAAACCAUCCAUUUUCAGUGCUGCCUGAAACACAGAAGUGAUCUUAUUUCCCAGUAUGACUUAGACAGCCUACUCUACAUGCUGUGGGGAUGGCUUACACCUGUUGUCAAGUACUAUGGUUAAAAUGGAGAAGUUUUCCAAGAAUAAAGCCUUGAGAUAGCAAAACACAAGAA